UCGCUCAUGCAGGGCACAUGAAUAGAAGGAAGAGAGACCAAUUAACGAAAGACGUAUCAACGAGAAACGCAAGCAAUCUACCGGCGUGUCUGCCAGCACUCAUCACUGCGUGUGUUGUAGGAAGGGUCGAAUCUCGCGUACACGAGGGGGAUUCACUUCGGCGCCGAGCGUCCAGGCGUGUCUUCCUUUUGGCAGCAGCGCCAGCGCGGAUUGUCGCACGCGAGGAGCACUACGCCUGCGCUGUUCGUUUUUUUUAUAACAUCCCCGCUUAAUGAAUAUCACCACCUCUUGAGCAACAAGCGCAAAGCGUGAUUCGGCUAUCGACAGCAACACCACCCGCUAUACCCCCUAGUACGUCGGUGAAACCUUUCAUUCGCAAGGGGGCGACUUCUCCUGUUCUGCCAUCGGGACAUUUACAUCGAGUCGCUAUAUAAAGGAGUGUCAUUAUUUAGCUGUCGAUGGUCUAUUGGGAGUAGUCACUCCACGUCGUUUGAGCCAUUUGCCCGGAUCACGUCGAGAACGCAAGUGGACGGCGCUUUGGGCACUAGUGGAUAACUAUGAAGUUUCUACUGCUCCUGUUCGCGGCAGGAGCUGCGACGGCUGACCUCACACACCUUGGACACAGUCCUGAUGGAAGUCAACAGUACAGAACUCAAGGGCCCGGAGGCUACUCGUUCGGCUACAGCCACGCCCACGGUGCAGGCGGUGGCGCCUCGUGGCGCAAGGAGUCCGCAGAUGCGGCGGGCAACGUGAUCGGCUCGUACGGGCUCAAGGACGUCGACGGAAGGGUCAGGCUGGUCACGUACGUGGCUAACCAAGACGGCUUCCAGGCGAAUGUGCAGUCGAACGAGCCCGGUCUGCCGCAGCAGCACCCGGGGCUCGGGGCUGGCAUUACUCAAUGGCCUAUUCCUCAGGGUCACGUGCAGGGACACCAUCCCGGGGCACAUCCAGGAGCAAUUGGAACCGCAUCAAACCAGGGUUCUUGGGCAAGUGGUGGUGGUCCUCAAGUCGCAUCAGGACACGCCGAUGCGUCGGGAGCGUACGACUUUGAGUAUGGCCAGGGCAUCGGGCCCUUUCAGAAGGAAUCAGGUGAUGCUACCGGCAACAAGAAGGGCGUUUACGGGCUCAACGACUUGGACGGCCGUAUGCGCACCGUGAACUAUGUCGCCGACGACGGGGGUUUUCGAGCGACCGUCGUCUCCAACGAGCCUGGUGUCGACGAUGUCCAAGAUCCAGCAGAUGUAGACGUCACCAAAAGACCCGAGCCAGCCGGAAUAGCUUUGGUGCAUCUCGGUCCUCCCGGUUCGGCUCACUCCGGAGCUGCACUCGUCCCGCCUACUAGUAUAGGUGCAGGGGCACCGGCGAUCCCUGUUGCCCCGGCAGGCAGUGCAUUUCCAGCGCCACCCGGAUCCGUGGGGCCUGUAGACACUGGCUUUGGCCAGCAAGACGGUUCCGGUGCGUACAACUUCGCCUACGGAAACGACCAAAUCGAAGGACCAUGGCAGAAGGAGUCUGGAGACGCUGUGGGCAAUAAAGCGGGAUCGUAUGGCCUCAGAAUUAACGAUGGUAGAUUUCGCACUGUCAAUUACGUCGCAGGAGCCCAGGGAUUCAGAGCCAGCGUAGACACGAACGAACCAGGAGUGGACGGUGCUCAGAGCCCGGCCGACGCCAUCGUCAACAAGAGUCCGGAGUCAGCUGGAAUUGUCCCAAUCGGUGCUGGUGGCCUUCCUGGAGUUCAAGGACAGGUCGUCAUUCCUGCUGCUCCUGUGGGUCCUGCAAUGAUAGGACCACCAGGAGUGUCAUUGGUUCCUUGGUCGGCCGGUUUUCCCGGUGUUCAGGGACAGGUACCUGUUGGCUCAGUGGGUCCUGCCAUGUCCGGACUGCCAGCGGUCUCCUGGGUUCCUGGGACUGCCGGAUUUCCUGCGAUUCACGGUUCUCCAACUGGUCCAGGGGCACCGGGUCUGAACGGUCCAGUGCCCACUGGUAACGUAGUCUUCACCUCUCCAUCGCUCGGUCCUGCCGGUGGCUACAGUUUCGGCUACAGUGGUGGACCUGGAGGCGCCUUUCACAGUGAAGCAGGUGACGCUUCAGGGUUAAAGAAAGGUGUUUACGGCUUCAGUGGAGAGGGCGGCGCUGUUCGCACAGUGAACUAUGUCGCCGACAACACCGGCUUCAGAGCCAGCGUCCAGAGCAAUGAGCCGGGCGUCGACACAUCCCAGAAUCCUGCCGACGUUUCCCUCAGGCCACACGGAGGCGUGGUGGCAAUUCCAUCAGCUUCAUGAGUCCCUAACGCACCACAUGCUACACAUCACGUGAUCCCUGGAGGACACACUCACGCGGGUACUCCGCACGCACCUUCAGGAGUCGCAGGUGGUCCAGCGGCACUUUGGAGUCCAGGAAACGUUUGGCCUGAACUGAGCCAGAAUCACGGACCCGGUGGUUUUUCUUACAAAACCAAAGUCCUCGGUCCACAUCAGAGCCUCACCGACGUUCAUCAUUAUUUACAGCAAAAAUAAAAAAAAUGUACAUGUUAACCAGCACGUUUCACUUUCUUGAUGUUGUGCUUGAUGCUGAUAUGAAUUUUAUCUAGUAUAGUGUGGUGUCAACAAGCUGGCUCAGACAAGGACUUCAGCAUUUGUAUUGAUGCUUUGCAGAGCUAUAAUAUUAAGCUAGAAAGGCCCGCGAAAGUCAACUGGGAAGAGUAAACAAGCCUUACAAGAGGGGAGGAGGAGGGUCAAUUCAAGCGCUUCGCGUUCAGAUCUUGCGGCUUCGAGUCCUUGGGUCGUGACAGCUCUCCAUUGUCGGAUGGUAGUACAAUUCGUCAGCUGCGAGAUCUGAAUCAAAUUUUUUCUAUGAACUUGAGCUUCAGUGAUUAGUCUGUAGCGUAAGCACCAAACGUUGCAGGUUAAUACAGAAGUGUGUCGAAGGCACCUGUGGAGUGCGUGUUUUGACAAAAGUAUCUUGUCAUCAGCAUAUCUGGGUCAUUGUAAA